AUGUCUUUCCCCAAUCUAAACUGGAUCAUGUCAGAGCUUUCCCCCAAGUCAAUUUGUCCCCAGGCGGAUCGCCUCGCCGAGGCAGGGCUUGCCCAUCGCGUCUUGCUGCCGACUGACACUGACUAUGUGUCGCGGAACGAAUCGUACUGGAGCAAGGACGCAAGGUUGCGGCCGGCUUGCAUCGUCACGCCUCGAUCGGCCGAUGAAGUUUCAAAAGCGGUUGUGGCUCUCGUAGCUGGGGGACAUACCUUUGCCAUCCGGAGUGGUGGGCACGCCAGUUGGGCCAACAAUAUUGACCGGGGCGUGACAAUAGACUUGGGCUUAAUGACAGAUCUCACUGUCGACACCGUCUCCGAGACAGUCCGCUUCGGCCCCGGCGGCCGCUGGCGCGACAUUUAUGCAGUCCUCGCCCCAUAUGACCGGAUCGUCCCCGGCGGCCGUGAGGGCCAGGUCGGCGUGGCCGGCCUGCUCCUUGGGGGCGGCAAGACCUUCCUCACAGCUCGGAGAGGCUUCGCCUGCGACAAUGUGCUGGAGUAUGAGGUUGUGCUGGCAGACGGCCGCAUUGUGAAAGCCAACAAAGACGAGCACCCGGAUCUUUUCCGCGCGCUGAAGGGCGGCUCCAGCAAUUUUGGCAUCGUGACGAGCUUUAAGAUGGCCAUGGUCGAGAACAAAGGAAUCUGGGGCGGGAUAACCGUCUUCUCCAAGGAGCAUAUCCCGGCAGCGAUCGAAGCAACGCGUGAUUUCGCGGCGAAUGUCGCUGCACACCCUGACGAGAACUUGAUCGUGCUCUUCACAAAGUUACCGAGCUUCAAGGAGACGGUCAUCUGCACACUCUAUGUGAGCAUGACAGGCACUGAGAGAGCGCCAGCAUAUAGCAAAUGGCUAGCUUUACCUGAAAUUACCACCAACACCAAAAUGACAACAGUAGCGGAGCUGAUAGCAGAGAACAAUACACCCGGAAACUACCACGUCAUCUGGUUCACCCUGACCUUCAAGAACAACACCCGCAUUAUGGCCAAAGCCUCCGAGCUUCACGAUACUCUUGUAGAAGAACUGGAAUCCAUCGUCCCAGAUGGCAACAUGGUCUCCCAAUGUAUCUUCCAGCCCCUCCCCAAGCUCUACGGAGAAAAGUCUGCCGAGGCGGGCGGCAACAUGUUGGGGCUGGAGAAACAGAAAGACGACGCCGUCCUGCUGCUGGCUUUGGUCUCGGUCCCCACGGCGGAACAGCGGGCGAUUGCGUACCCCAAGGUCAAGGCUUGGGUCGACGAAGUGCAGAAAUUCGCAACCUCUAUCGAUGGUGCCGAGGACUGGCUAUAUCUGAAUUAUGCAAAUUCCAGCCAGGAUGUUCUGGCGAGCUACGGGGCUGAGAACGUCGAAUUUAUGAAGAAGGUGGCGGCCAAGUAUGACCCUGAGCAAGUGUUCCAGAAGUUGUGCCCUGGAGGCUUCAAAGUUUCGGAGCUUUGA